AUGGGUGUUUCAACCAUAAGAAACAUUAUACGAGAGACUUGUGAGAUACUUUGGUCAGAGUUACAACCUGUAGAAAUGGCUGUACCGAGCACCGCAGAUUGGCUAAUCAUCGCUGAUGGUUUUUAUAAAAAAACACAAUUUCCUAAUUGCGUUGGUGCAGUAGAUGGGAAACAUGUUCGGAUUGAAUGCCCAAAGAAGAGUGGAACCCUAUACUUUAAAUACAAAAUUUUUUAUUCUAUUGUACUUCUUGCUGUUUGUGACGCCAACUAUUGUUUCCGAAUUAUUGACGUAGGAUCUUUUGGAAAAGAUUGUGACUGUAAUAUCUUUAAAAAUUCAGCAUUCGGUAAAAAGUUCUACGCGAAUCAAAUCAAUUUCCCAUCUGAAAAUGUAUUACCCGAAGACAAAAAAGGAACACCCCAACCUUACGUAAUUGUUGGAGAUGAUUUUUAA